AUGGCCCCCCACUCGCCCCCCAGCGACCCCCCUCCUCCCCGGCGGGCCUCCCCGAUCGGCGAGGAGGACCAUCAGAAGGAUCUCCAGGCCCUGCGGGACAGUUGGCGCUUCGCCGCCUUCGUGCAGUUCUGCCGCCUGUUCGAGGAGCCCCUCAGGCUGCGGUCCUACUCCAGCGACACGCUGGAGGGCGCCCUGCUGUUCCCCAACGAGCACCAGGUGUUCCUGUCCGAAAUGCUGUUCAAGCUGCUGAUGCCGGACCGCAAGAAGGAGUUCAGCGCCGAGGACGCCGACCGCUGGGAGGGGCUGCUCCAAGACAGGAUGGGCAAGCGCUGGCAUGAGUGGUUCGACCGCAACCCGCUGGAGAGUCGGCGAUACUGCGAGAUAACACCAAUGCUGAGGCUGGAGAUACUAUACAUCCUCGCGGACAAGGCCAGCCAAGAAAGCGUCAAGCUGAGGGAGUCGGUGAAGAGCAUGGUCGAUGACCCGACUCAGACGGCUGACGUCUUAAGGGCGUCGCCCAUCGGCAUGGACGCCAGGGGCAAUCGCUACUACCUGUUCGCCAGCCGCUACGAGGACUGCCGGCUCUACAGGGAGGAGGUCCAGCCCAAGGGCAAAGCGCGGAGGAGGGGCCCCGACGGUGGCCAGGGCGGCCCGCAGUGGCGCACGGUGUGCUCGACGGUCGAGCAGCUGGAGGCGUUCGUGGACAAGUUCCACACGUCGCGCAACGCCAACGAGCGGGCGCUAUAUGCCGUGCUCAACGACGAGGUGUUGCCAGAGAUGCUGCGCUCGGAGAAGGCGCGCAGGCGGGCGGAGGAGAGGGCCGCUCAGCUGGAGGCCGCCCCGGUCAAGCGCUCGACCAGGAUCAAGGAGAUCCUGACGAGGAAGGAGGAGGAGGAGCGGAAGAGGGAGGAGGACGGGGUGGCGGGGGAUGAUCGGCAGAGGGGCGGUGGGCAGAUGGGCGCGCUGGGGCGGGAGAGGGCGGAGGAGAAUUUUUACAAUUCGACGCCGAUGGGGCGCAGGAUAAUGUCUGGGCCGUCGAGGGAGGAGAGGAUGCGGCUGAGGGAGCAGAGGAGGGAGAUGGCGCUGGAGGAGGGGCUGGGGGGGAAGAGGAAGAGCAACUGGACCCCCUUGGGGGUGGGGGUGCGGUGCCCCAAGAGGAACAGGGUGCAAAGGACGCGGCCCGCAGGGGAUGUCUCUAACCUGGUGGCCGUCGUGCGCGAGCAGUUCUGUGCGCCUAUGCAGAUCAACCAGCAGUGGAAGCAUCACCAGCCGUUUGUGUCUCCCCAGCUGCCCCAGGCUCCUGCAUGGAAUGCUCGCUUUCCACACCCCGGGGCUCUGCGACAGACGAACCCCUUUAUACCUUCCUUCGAGAGGGGGCAGGGAAUGCAGCACGGGCUGGGCGUCUCCAGAAGGGUGCCCCAAUCAACAGCUUCACAUUUCGAUCGCAGUCAACCAAUCCCUGGCUCUUCCCGUCCUGCUGACCUGUGGCACCAACAACUGUUGAUGCUUCAACAGCGGCAACAGCAGCAACAGCAGCAACAGCAGCAACAGCAGCAACAGCGGCAACAGCAGCAACAGCAGCAACAGCAGCAACAGCAGCUCCGGCAACAACAUCGACAACCCCAGCAAAUGUUCUCACCAAGGACUGCUCAGCACCCCACAUCGCCAAUCCAGCGUUCCAUGCCACUGUCUGGCCAUGUGCCUGCUGGAGGAACAGCAGUGCAGCAAGCACAACAGGCAAAGCACCAGUUGCUGGCACAAAUCUAUCAGCGACUACCCCAGGCGCAGAAGGAGCACCUGGCAUCGAUGGCACCUGAGCAGCGUGCACAUGUUUUGCAGAGUUUGCUGCAAAGACACAGGCUGAGAGUGCAGCAGCUGCAGCAGGCACAGCGAGCACAGCAGGGGCCCAGGGUUGCAAACCCGCCCACUGCAGGUGGUGUGCAAGGGAUCAGUACAGUGCCUGGUGGGUCCUCCACAGCUCGGAGCCUUGGCCAGCAGGCUACGCAGCAGCGCUUUGGUCAGCAGAUGCCACAGAUGUUGUUGACAAGCACCUCAGGAGUGAGCAUGGACAGCAGAGGGGUGAAACAGGCUCCCUUUCCACAAGCAUUAAGGAUGCCUCAGUCAGGGUCCCUGGGACAGGUUCCACAAAUGCAGUACCCACGUUUGCAGCUGCAGCAGGCGCAGAUGCGGUCACGCCCACCAGUGAUGGAGCAGCAAAUGUGUGUUACAGACAUGCAGGGGGUGUUGGUACCAAAUGCUGGCAUAAGGUCAUCAGCACUCCCAAACCAUGGAAUGGUCCCCAUUUCACAGCGGCAAAUGCGCACGCCGGAAUCCAAUGGUGUGCAGAAAUCUGGGCCCAACGACAUGCAGCAGAUGCUGCAGAGGAUGCCUGGGAGGCGUGGUUUGGACCAGGGCCAGCCGACCUCACAAGGCGUUGUCCCUGUGAGGACAGCUGACAAGUGUGAUAAUGGCAACUUGGGGGUUGGAGAAGGGGCACAGGGAGGGGGGGGGACCAAGCAGCAAGCCUGUGGACCCGGGAUUCUUAAUGUUUGA